CAGGCUACAGCAACUGGUUCAAAGCAAAAGACUUGCUCGCUUGAAAGAAAGAAAGGGUUUUGGAGAGAGAGAGAGAGAGAGAGAUGGUGGAUGACUACAAGUUCCUUCAAAUAAGGGACGCCAUUACUUCCAUAAACCAGAAGGUGAACCUCAUCGGCGUCAUCUUCGAGAUCGGUUUCCCUAAGCAAACCAAGGGCACUGAUUGCUUUUGCACACUAAAAAUAAUUGAUGAAUCACGCUCGAAACCUGGGAUUUCAGUUAAUUUUUUUGCUGAAAGUAUGGAAAUGCUUCCCCACGUUGCGUCAGCUGGGGAUAUAAUUCAGCUUUCUCAUGUUGUGAUGAAAACUCAUUGUGGGGAAGUGAAUGCUGUUUUCAAUAAGAGGUUUUCUUCUUUUGCUUUAUAUGAAGGGAUCGGUGGUGAAGACUGUCUUCCUUAUCAAGUUUCUUCAAAAUUUCGCCCAAGAGACCUUGACAAGACUUUUAUAAAAGGCCUGCGUAAAUGGUUGGUUGAUUUUCAGCUUGAUGAAGGGCUGACUAAGUUCUUGUUUUUGAGAGAAAUCAAACAAGAAGAACGCGUUAAUUUGAUAUGCAAGAUAGUUCAUAUCUGUGAGGUUGCUAAAGAUGAGUGGAUGGCAUUUCUUUGGGAUGGAACUGAUGCUCCACCAAUUAGUCUUCCUACAAAGCUAGAUGAUGAAAUGAAUAACCCUGCUCCUUUACAAUUGGAACCCAUGCCCCUGCCUGGAGAUGUAUUAUGUACUUUUCCUACCAUUGGAACCAUCUUAAGGGUGAUCUUUGACCAAGGCAUGCAGAAGCAUCUCCUCCGCUUUCUACAUACUGGAAAAUGGGUAAAAUUUGUGAACAUACUUUGCGAAGUGCAUUCAGGAUUAUGGCGUGGUGUCUUUACGCCUUUCACAAAGCUUCAAUAUACGCCAAAUGAGGACCAUCUUGUAUCAGCAUGGCAAAGGUUAUAUAAUGAGCGGUUAUCACUGAAAUGGGGACGGAUUCCAUACUCGAGCUUUCCAUGGCCUUCAAAUAUUACAGUGGUAGAUUAUGACAAUGUGCCAUUUGUUACAUUAAGGGAUGUUCUCAGCUACUCAAAGGUAACAGCAAAAUUCAAGUGUGUAGCCCGAGUUGUAGCAGCAUUUCCAUGGCAGGCUGAGGACUUCCUCUCUCCACUUGGGACUUACAGGAUCAGGUUGACCCUAGAGGAUCCAACUGCCAGAAUCCAUGCUUUUUUGUAUGGUGAAGAUGGGGAGAAAUUCUUUGGUGGUUAUCCCUCCGUGGAUGCAUUGACACAGAAGCUAAACAAAUUACUUGGACUAACUGUAAGUGAUAAUGGCAAGCAAAUGAACAAUUCUCCAAGAAAUCCACCAUGGGUACAGUUUUGCCUGAAAUCUUAUUACCUCUCCAAAACUGAAGUUUGGGGAAGUAGACACUACAGAAUCUUUGACACCAAGGUGGUUGAGUAGAUAUUUGUUUGUUGCUACGUCUUUUUAUUUAUUUAUUAUUAUUAUUAUUAAAUCCUUACAUCUUACUUGUAACAGCAGCUGCCUAGCACUGUUGUAUAUGCUGUAUUAUCCUGUUUGUGUCUGUGAAUAAAUUAGGGAACAUCUGUUUCGUGCCAGAGACCCAUUGUAGAUGGGUGGCUGUAAAUGUUUGCUGAUUAUCUAGAUUUCCCGUGUUAAAGGUGUUUUUGUCAUUUA